AUGUAUGGGUUAGGUGCACAUCACGAGUUCAAACAUUGUAGCAAACAAAAUUUGGCGGAGGCUAAAAUACUUAAAGGCCCUCACGAGGACCUAGAAAGUUACCUUGAAGCAAUUGAACAACUGAGAAACAAUAUUCGCUUCUUCAACAACAACAAAAGCUUCAAGAGUAGUGAUGGAGUGCUCAACAAUGCAAAUAGUUUACUUGCCAAGGCUAUUUCCAAGCUUGAAGAUGAGUUUAAGCAGCUUUUAUCAUCUUACAGCAAACCUGUUGAACCAGAACGUCUAUUUGAAUGCCUUCCAACUUCAAUGCGACCAUCAACUGGAUCACCAGGAGAUCAGGACUCUAGCAGUAAGAACCAUUUGCCCAGUAGCCAUGGUGAGCAUAAUCAUGGAACAGAUGAUACCGUCUAUACACCACCAACUCUUAUCCCUCCAAGGAUCCCCCCGCUAUUGCAUGAUCUAUCCCAACAGAUGGUUCAAGCUGGUCAUCAACAACAGCUGGUAAAAAUAUACAGGGAUGUACGUUUUCCUGUUCUGGAAGAAAGUCUUCGCAAGUUGGGAGUGGAAAAACUUAGUAAAGAUGAUGUUCAAAAGAUGCAGUGGGAAGUUCUCGAAUUUAAAAUUGGCAAUUGGAUUCAUUAUAUGAGGAUUGCUGUCAAAUUGUUAUUCGCUGCUGAGCGGAAAGUUUGUGAUCAAAUGUUUGAAGGAUUUGAGCAGAUCAAAGAUCAAUGCUUUGCUGACGUUACUACUGGGAGUGUUGCUAUGCUGCUUAGUUUUGGUGAUGCGAUUGCCAAAAGCAAAAGAUCACCUGAGAAGUUGUUUGUGCUUCUAGAUAUGUAUGAAAUAAUGAGGGAACUUCACUCAGAGAUUGAAUUACUAUUUAGAGGUAAAUCUUGCAACGAAAUCAGGGAAUCUGCUUUUGGUUUGUCAAAGCGACUUGCUCAGACAGCCCAAGAAACAUUUCGUGACUUUGAAGAAGCUGUGGAGAAAGAUGCAACGAAAACUGCCGUCUCAGAUGGAACUGUCCAUCCCUUGACGAGCUAUGUCAUUAAUUAUGUGAAGUUCCUAUUUGACUACCAAUCAACAUUGAAACAACUAUUCCAAGAAUUUGAAAAUGGAGACUCAAAUUCUCAACUUGCUACUGUCACAAUGCGCAUAAUGCAGGCUCUUCAAACCAAUUUGGAUGGGAAAUCUAAGCAGUAUAAGGAUCCAUCUCUGACUAACUUGUUCCUUAUGAACAAUAUUCACUACAUGGUCAGAUCUGUUCGCAGGUCUGAAGCCAAGGAUUUAUUGGGUGAUGAUUGGGUUCAAAGACACCGGAGAGUUGUACAGCAACAUGCUAAUCAAUAUAAAAGAAUUGCUUGGGCAAAGAUUCUGCAAUGCCUCUCGAUUCAAGGGCUAACAUCAUCUGGGGGCAGUAACUCUAUGGGUGUAGAUGGGCAAAAUAGCAGUGGAGUUUCAAGAGCGCUUGUAAAAGAAAGGUUGAAAACAUUCAAUAUUCAAUUUGAGGAUCUUCAUCAAAGACAAAGUCAAUGGACAGUCCCAGACACCGAGCUACGAGAGUCAUUGAGGCUUGCAGUCGCUGAAGUCUUACUGCCUGCAUACAGAUCUUUCAUCAAGCGCUUCGGGCCCAUGGUUGAGAGCGGUAAGAACCCCCAAAAGUAUAUCAGGUACUCGGCUGAAGAUCUUGAACGUAUGCUUGGUGAAUUUUUCGAGGGCAAGACGUUGAAUGAGCCAAAACGAUGAACCUCUGACUAAAAAAGCUAGCUGCAUUCCACACUUUUUCUGUGCUGAUACUCGACGUAGUUCUUUUGCCAAUGUUGAUGGCUUUGUAAAAGUU